AUGCCAAUCAAGCUGCCCAAGGGAUUUCAACGACGGAAAUCUUCAGGCCAUGCCUUGGACGAGGUGCGCAACCCUCCCGGCGAGGUUUCCUCCUUCCGAGUCCUGGAGAGGCCAGCAAGCAAAGGAAAAUCGUUUGAUGGUGGCAGACAUCUGAAGAUGGCAUCUGUGGGCGGAGGAGCACCACUGCCGCCGCCAAAAGAUCAGUAUGACCACGAGGAGGUGGAUUUGUUUGCGGUGGGCCACCCAGAUGCAAGCAACCGGGGAAGUGGUGGCACCGAACGCUCCCACUCGACUGCCCCUUAUGACAGUGCUGCAUCUUCUGCCCGUCUCAGUACUUCGUCGACAAACCCUUCUUCCAUUGACACGAGGUCGGACAAAAAUGUUCAGGGAGGGGUGGGAUCGAGGCCUUUCAACGACAUUCCUGCACCGCCUGCUUCGACGAGGCCGAGCUUCCUUCGCAGCCCAGUCAGAACGUUUUCUUUCGGGGUAGUGAAAGGCAGUCGAGGAUCGCCCACCUCACCAGGCGGUGCUUUACCUCCAUUGAUGGACACCACCAGAAACAGGGCUGUCACGGCAAGCACCGCAAGUACGGCCACGCCCCCCAGGCUCUUUGAUACCGACCUCUCCCUGGAGAGUUCCGAAUUGGAUGAGUUCGGAAACAUGUUUGACCAUAUCGGGUCUAGUCCUGACGCGGUCCCGAGCCGGCUUAUACACCAAGAGGCUUCAAUUUCACCACCAACACAGUAUCCCCCGACCGCUUAUCCAGGUGCAAGUCCCCUCCGUGUCAGCCGAGCACCUCCUCCAAAGCCCAUCUCAACCGAUCGCUCGCAAGUCGUUGAAUCCUCUCCCUAUUCAUGGGCUUCCCACGAUUCCAAUGAUCACUUGAUGCGGUCUCCCAGUCCGUCCAAGACAAUCACACAAGGAAGCCCCAACAAGGCCGGGGAAUCGGUUGCCCGACCAGGACGGUACGGGUCCAUGUCAGAUUCGACAAUUUCUGCCAGAGAACCAGGAGGUCCACCAUCCAAUAUUAAAGAGGAGGAACUACAGCCCCCUCCAUUGACACACACCAGGUCUGGGGGCAGCAGCACGGCCUUGUCAAGCCCUGCUAGAGACGGCACAGGAGCGUUGUCUCCGAGCUCGACACACAGCGCCACGUUUGAUCCGAUUAUUGCUGCAGAUGCCCAGCUCGCCAACAUGUAUCAAGAAGCCAAGCCUGCACCCGUCAAGUCAGUUGCCAUGAACAAAGUAAUGACCCCUGCUCAAUGGGAACGCUACAAGGAGCAAAAGGAGAUGGACCGCCGUCUUGGUGCUUUAUCUGACGACAGUGGUUCCGAGGCUAGCGAGAAUUCUGACGACGAUGAUGAGAUGGAACGCAGUCGGCAGGCAACAAGGCAACGUCGAAAGCAAGAAGCCCACCUGGCUGUGUACCGGCAAAAGAUGAUGAAGGUAACAGGCGAAGCACCGGCCAGUCGGUCAAUGAGCAGUCUGGGCAUGCUGCGACCGGGCGAGAACAACUCUUCAACGGAUCUCAACAACCGCUUAUCACACAUGACCUUGGACUCGAAACAGUCUGGUAAGAGUAGCGGAGAGGAGGAGGAGGAGGAAGAUGAGGAUGUGCCGCUUGGAAUUCUCGCAGCACAUGGGUUCCCGAACAAAAACAGGCCGCCUACGCGGCUCGCCAAUUCCCCUUCCAACUCCAACCUGCGAAGUGUCAGCCAGAACCAGGGGGCUCCUUCUGUGGCCAGCCAAGCUCCUAAAGGAAGUAACUUGCCUGUCUUCGCUCGACAACUGCCUCCCGACCCCUACUACGGGGCGAGCCUUGUCAAUCCUUCGAAUCGUGAAGCCCUGGCCCUUCAUCCUACCGGUGCUCCUCAGGGAGCUGGCCCCGCAACAGCCCAUCCCAUCCACCCUGCGGGACUUGUCGGAGUUAUCGCUGGAGAAGAACGCGCGAGAGCUGCCCGACGGGGCAGCCCGAACCCUGCUGGCAACUACGACCUGCCUCCCAUGGGCCCCCAUCCCGGCAUGGUGCGAUCCCAGACCACGGGUACUCUGUUAUCAAUGGCUUAUCCGCUGAUGGGAGCGCCUCCCAUGCCGGGAAUGUCUGGUGUUGCCGUUAUGCCAGGAAUGCCCCCCAUGCUCACUCCUGGAGAUCAAGCGCAGAUCCAAAUGUCCCAACAGAUGACGCAAAUGAUGCAGAUGCAGAUGCAAUGGAUGCAGCAAAUGUCGAACAUGAUGGUUAGUCCAAUGAAUGGACCACCGAUUAUGCCUCCUGCAGGCCCACCGAUCCCUGCAUUUGCAAGACCGCAGUCUAUGGCCAUGCAGAAUUCCCCGGCCCCCCAAGCGAAUCAGCGGACCAUGAGUACUCUCAACCCAAGCAUGGCUCCCUGGAACAACAAACCACCGCUACUGCCGUCCAUCAAUGUUAAUGGGAACUAUGCUCCGUCUAUUGCACCUUCUGAGCGUAGUAACAUCGGCCUGGCUUCCAGAUAUAGGCCGGUAUCGACCGCCCCAGAGCCAGAUAUGAUGCCUAAUCAUCAUCGAGCAUCGACGUUUACAUCGACAACCAUGCGGCCCUGGUCGUCAAUGGAGCAAGCGCGACGACCGUCUGCGCACGCCACGAUGCCUUCCGUCAACACCCUCGGCCGCAGAUCUCCUUUGGCGACCCCGGACGAUGAGGACGACGAGCAAGGCUGGGCCGAGAUGAAGAUGAAGAAAGAUAAGAAGCAAAAGACUUGGGCGCUCCGCAAAGGGCAGAAUACGCUCUCGGAGUUAUACGCCAACGCCUCGUAA